UGCUCUGUAUGAGCUGACGUCCGGCGGCGGCAGCGGCCGAUAGGUCGGGGAUGGAGUGGAGCACGGCCAGCUGGGCGGCGCUGAACGCCUCCCUGCCGCCACCGCUGGAGGAGGCGGCGGUAUCCGCCGGCCCGGCGCUCUGUCUGUCCGUGGCCAAGUCGGUGCUGCUCGGCCUGGUGGUGGCGCUCACCAUCAGCGGCAACACGCUGGUGCUGCUGGCGCUGGUGCGCAGCCGCUCGCUGCGCGACAGCACCGCCUACCUGAUCGGCAGUCUGGCCGUGGCCGACCUGCUGCUCGGCCUGGCCGUGCUGCCCUUCUCGGCCGUGCUGGAGGUGUCGGGCCGGUGGUACUUUGGCGCGGCGUUCUGCGCCGUCUGGGCGGCCGCUGACGUGCUCUGCUGCACGGCUAGCAUCCUCUCCCUGUGCGUCAUCUCCGUGGACCGGUACAUCGGCGUGACGCGUCCGCUCGGCCACGCGCACAUUAUGAGCGGCCGGCGCACGAUGGCGCUCAACGGCCUGGUGUGGGCCGUCUCGCUGGCCAUCAGUAUCGGUCCGCUGGUGGGCUGGCGCGGCCCGCCCGACGCCUCCGGACAGCGCUGCACCGUCAACGGCGAGGUGGGCUACGUGCUGUUCUCGGUGCUCGGCUCGUUCUACCUGCCGAUGCUGGUCAUCCUGUGCGUCUACUGGCGCAUCUACCGGGCCGUGGUGCGCGAGACGCGCUGCUGGCAGAACGGCCUCAAGGUGACCGACUCGCAGGUGGCCCUGCGCGUGCACCGCGGCGGCCGGCGGCCGUCGGACGACAGCGGCUGCAGUGCCGCCGACGAGACGCGCUGCACCGACCUGGAGCGCAGCGCCGUCGGCAGUCGGCUGCAGAGCAAGUUCCGCGUGCAGACCAGGGCGGCCAAGACGCUGGGCAUCGUGGUGGGCGUCUUCCUGCUCUGCUGGUUCCCGUUCUUCUUCAUCCACCCGCUCAGGGCGCUGUGCUCCGUCUGCCACGUUCCCGAGCCGCUGUUCGCCUUCUUCUUCUGGCUCGGCUACUGCAACAGCUGCCUCAAUCCCUUCAUCUACGUGUGCACUUCGCUCGAGUUCAAGCAGGCGUUUCGGCAGAUUCUGUGCGGCGGCGGCCGGCGCCGCGGCCCGCCGCCCGUCGGCGCCUCGGUGGUGUCUCGCGCGGCGCGGCCGUCGGCGGCGACGGCAGGCCGGGCCUCGCCGCGCGCCGCCGCCAGCGUCUGAGCACCGCAGGCCAGCCAGCGAGCCUGAUUGCCUAUGAGACACAAGUACACUGGCAGCUGGCGGCCCCCGCCGCUCCUGAUGACUCUCGGAUCGAAUGAAUGACAAGGUUGGCAUUGUUGACAUUGCGCGUCAUUUACGUAAUUCCUGUUCUCGCCUCUCGAUGGCAUCAUAGUUCAGACUGUGCAAUAUCAGUGAAUAGACUAUGCAAUAUCGAUGACGUUUGCAGGUGCAUUGACUUUCAGCCGUGCGCGGUGCACCACUGCCUUUGUUUGUUGUUCGCAGCUUCACUGCCCUCAGCGGCGCGCCGACUGUUAGAGAGUCUGUGUGUAUCUCCCGUGGCGCUUCUGAUACUGCCGAAAGCUAAACUCCUGCGGGGGCUUUUAGGCUGCCGCGUGGCUUUUAGGCCGAGGUGGCCCUGGAGGCGUCCAGUCUAGGUUUGUUGUUCAGCGGGGCCCAGUGUGUAAUGCCUGUGGAUAGUUGGUAAUUGUUUCAGUGUUACGUGUAUCUGCUGGUGUUUAUUGUUUAUUAAUAAACGGAAUCGGUGUA